AUGAUUCAAAUCACUAUCAAUAGAGCAAGCAGCUCUUAUGUUCCGUUUAGAUCGUUUAUGAAUUUAACCAUUGCUCGAAUCUCGCACAAGGAGAGACCUAAAGAGUCUAAACAUCAAAAUUCAUCUGGUACGGAAGUAAUCCAAAAUUCAAAGUUGUGCAGGACAGUUAAAACUUCAAGAUUACAACCGGAAACAAUAAUAAAAGCUAAACCUCUUGCCAGAUCAACGUUUCCAACACCAACAUUGCAAACUUCGAUUCUCUUUUCUGAUGGAACGAAGGAGGCCGUGAAUCGUCUAAGAGAACAAUUACGUUAUUACGCAGUAGUAGAAAUCCGGUCGCAAAAGUUCCUAGUUACCAAGAAUGAUCUAGUAAUUACUCAUCGGUUACGGGACGUUAAUGUCGGUGAUGAGCUAAAAUUAAAUCGUGUUCUCGAAUUAGGAUCGAAGGAUUACACUAUCAAGGGACAACCUCUAGUUUCCGAAACAUUCUAUAGUGUUAAAGCCACAGUUAUAGAACAACCAAAGGGACCUUUAAUCAAGAUUAUCAAAAAAAAACGAAGGAAUCGACAUAGGAAACACGUCCUUCAUAAACAGACGUAUACGGUAUUGAGAAUUUCCGAAGUAGAU